AUGAAGCUGCAGUGUUUCGCCCCUCUUUGCUUCCUGUUGUUUUUGGGAUGGCUGAGUCAAAGGUCAGAGGGUCGGACGGUGAUCAUGGACAAAUGCGUGGUGAAUGUUCACAUGAAUGAGCUGCAGAAGCACUACUCCAGUGUGCGCCCCUCGGCUAUUUCUGGAGACACAGCCAUCGAGGUCAAACUGUUGGACAAAACACUGAUCAGUAAAGUUACGGAGAGCCAGAGCUGCUGUUUCAUUCGCCUGGUGCUACGAUUCUUUGUGGAGCGAGUCUUUGUGAACUUCUCAGCGACUGACCCACAGGUGCAGACAGGCGUCAGCGCGAUAGCUAAUGGAUUUAUCAGCAUACGCAACACUAUACAUAAAUGUCACUGUCACUGUGAAGAAGAAACACAAAGAACCGUGGACUCCAUCAUCUCUCAGUUUGACAAGUUACAGACUGGUGAAGCUGCCAAGAAAGCUGUGGGAGAACUGGACACUGUUCUGGAGUGGCUCGAAAGCCUCAGUCAAAAAGCAAGAACCAGGAAAUAA